UGAUCGAACAACUUUAGCCGCAAAAAACACCCACAAAGAGCCACAGCGUUCAGACAAAUUCCCCCUCGAAACGCUCGCCGGAAAUUCCAUCUCCGGCGAAGGCCGUUCUCUGAUUCCGACGAACCUCCCUCCCUCUCUCCCUUCAUCGUUUGCUUACAGAAAGUGCCCGAAACUGACGCCCGGAAAACAGAAUCUGUUGUGGGGCGGUGUAUGAUGGGAUCUUGCAUAUGCCCGUUGGAAACUCCGGCGAGGUUGCUUUGGACCACAAGCUUCUUCCGUCAUAAGCUAAUGAUCUUCUAAUCCGUUGAAAAAAAAAACAAACACAAACAACCUUGUAACUCUAAAAUUUACUAGUAACAGCAAACACACAAAGAAACACAUAAUCACAAAACACUUCACAAAGUGAAGUGUCUGUGGCAGUUACAGUGACAGUGAUCGAACCAAAAACUUUGCAGUGCCAUGGAAUCUGGACGACUUUUCUUUGACACUUCCGCUUGUCGCGGGAACAACAUCCUCUUCCUCGGAAAUGCCGAUCUCGAUUUUCGAGGAAGAUCGAUGAUGAGCAUGGAGGAAGGCUCAAAGAGGCGACCUUUCUUCAGUUCACCGGAUGAACUUUUUGAUGAGGAAUACUACGAGGAGCAGUUGCCGGAGAAGAAACGCCGCCUCACUUCCGAGCAGGUCCAUCUGUUGGAGAAGAGCUUUGAGGAAGAGAACAAACUGGAGCCAGAGAGGAAGACCCAGUUGGCCAAGAAGCUGGGGUUGCAGCCUAGGCAGGUGGCUGUGUGGUUUCAGAACCGCAGGGCUCGAUGGAAGACCAAGCAACUUGAAAGGGAUUAUGAUGUUCUCAAGUCUUCCUAUGAUUCCCUACUUUCAACGCAUGAUUCCAUUACGAAGGAGAAUGAGAAACUAAAAUCUGAGGUGGUUUCCUUAAAUGAGAAGCUUCAAGUUCAAGCUAAAGAGAUGCCUGGAGAACCAUUAUUAGAAAAGAAAGCUGAUCCACUUCAAGUGGAUAUAGCUCAAAUUUUCAGAUUGAAGGCAGAGGACCACCUGAGUACUGGAAGUGUUGGAAGUGCAGUGGUGGACGAGGGUAGUCCCCAACUUGUUGUUGACAGUGUUGAUUCAUACUUUCCAGCUGACAAUUAUGGUGGAUGUGUGGUCCCACUUGAAAGGGUUCAGUCAGAGGAGGAGGAUGGCAGUGAUGAUGGGAGGAGUUACUUAGAUGUGUUUGUGGCACAUGAAACUGACCACCCAAACCAUGAGGAAGGAGAGGCAUUGGCUUGGUGGGGUAAUAUGUAUUAUGCUCCAUAAUGUAACAAUGCUUUUUUAAUUAGUUGCUUAAUUAAGAAAAAGCAAGAAUAUUGUAUAAUUAUAUGUAUCAUGUGGGUGAGAAAGACAAAAAUAAACCUCCUGUUUAGGUGGCUUAGACCACUUUGGAGUUGGAGUGGCCUUAAGCCAAGAUUAAUAAACAUAGUCCGGUAAAUUGGUACGUGGCGUCUUGUGUUGUACUUCCUAAGUUUACAUUAAGUUUCUGUUUUGUUUAAGGAUAAAAACAUAGUUAAG